GGCUGGGCCAAAUCUCUAAACAGGUUCCUGUGUCUAGCCAAUCAUGUGUGUCCAAUAUAAGUAAUGCAACUGACUUUAGGAAUCUUUACAGUCUAGGAAUCUCUUUUCUUCAGUGCAUCUUUGGACCAGUGCUUUGGAAUCAUGAAGGUCGCCUCUUUUAACAUCCAGAAAUUUGGGAAAUCCAAAAUCUCCGAUCCGUUCAUCCUGAAAACCCUGAUCAAGAUCGUGUCACGCUAUGACGUCAUUGUCAUUCUGGAGGUGGUGGAUUCUAGCGGAGGUGCGGUGGAUCAUUUUCUCGAAGAAUUGAAUAAGUCCAACAAGACGCACCACUACACCUUAGAGAUCAGCACACGCCUGGGAAGAGGAAAUUAUAAAGAACAGUUCAUGUUCCUCUACAGGGAUGACCUUGUGGAUUUGGUCGGGUCUUACCAAUACGAAGACAACCAGCCUGGAGAUGAAGAUGCUUUCGCCAGAGAACCGUAUAUCCUGCGUUUCAAAUGUCACAACACAGUGUUGGAAGAUUUGGUGCUGAUGCCCGUCCACACCAAGCCUGAGGACUCGGUGAAGGAACUCGACGAACUCUACGACGUGUUUCAGGAUGUCAAGACGAAAUGGAAGACCGAUAACAUCAUGAUUUUGGGGGACUUCAACGCGGAUGGGAGUUACGUGUCAGAUAAAGAAAUGAAAACAAUCCGAAUCAGGAGUGACAAAAACUUUCACUGGCUGAUCGCGGAUGACGAGGACACCACAGCCAGCACCAGAAAUGACAACACUUACGAUCGGAUUGUGGUUUAUGGAGACGAUAUGCUGGACGCUAUAGUUCCGAACUCGGCGAAACCGUUCAACUUCCAGAAGGCCUACAAACUGAAAGAGGAGGAUGCGCUAAAAGUGAGCGACCACUAUCCGGUAGAGGUGGAACUGAAGAAAAAACGUAAGCAGCUUAAACGUAAACGUUAAACGAAGACGACGCUGUGAGAUGCUACAAUUAAUGAACAAGGAAAUAUGAUUCCGGAGAUCUGGAUCGGCUUUUACUAACACUUGUUUACACGAGACUGGAUUUACUUGAUAUGUUAUCGUACAUUUGUUUCGAAUGUCAAUGUUUCGCAACCAAUGACAACGAACGUCCGAAUUCGAAAUUUACAGCCUUUAUUAGUUAACAAGAGCAAUAUAAAGCAACUAAAAAAAAAUAACUAUUUUACUUUGCCACUGUGGACCCAAAUCAUAAGUUGGUGGUUUGAACAGCAAGCAAAUAUACAAUAAAAACACAUUCAUUUCUUCCCAGA